AAGGUUGGGCGACGACGUCGCACUCGUUAAAUAGUAUGUAAUUGAGAAAUCCAGUGAAGUGCAUCAUGAACAUUUAUCAGGAACAUUUCGUAAACAAUGUUGCGAAUUAAGGGCCUAAAAUAUUCUUUUUGCAUUUUGAGGAACCAGUCUUUCUUAACUGUAGACAUAAUUUACAAAACAUCAUGUGUGUAACCAUGAAAACGUGCUCAAGUCCACGUCGUGUGCUCACUGUGUCCAAGAAAAGCAGCCAGUAGAAGUCACAGCCUCCAUCGGCGGUCCAAUUGUAACACUGAUUUAGUAACCGAAUUCGAAUUACUGUACUUUGUGAAGCAGUCAUCCUAGUACAACACUUUUUUGUUGAACCGAAAACUUACUUGGGCCUGUGUGAAGUAUAGCACGCAGUAAAAUGGCUUUGCCAUCUGGAAAGAUGAACUGUGGCCUUUAAAGUCACUAAAGUCACAGUAGACGCCGAGGUCUGGAGUGUACAUGAGAAUUCUCAAUUUCUUGCAGUAUACGACAGCCUUUAAGCUUUGAUAGACCGUCACAUUUUUUGGAUGUUACUUCUCCAUGCCGAGCUCUUUUCAAAGGGAUCAAUUUGCACGUUACAAGCCGACUUUGAACCGUGUCCGUGUGGCCGUGGGUAUCACCACUGGUAUUAAAGAUACAAAGAGAAAAAUUGUCGACCAAACACCGCAACAAUUGACAUUUUUUGUGGAAGUGCUGCUAUUGUUUGAAGCCAAACUUUAUAGUAAGAAGGUUUCAUGCUUUGACAAUAAGACUUCUAGAUAGUUUGAAAAUCCACAUAUAACAUGUUUAGUCUCCUUGUAGGAUGAUUUUUUGUGUUCAUCACAGUGCAUGGUGAAGAAACCUUUUUCAUAUUGUAUCUGUGUCAGCAUGCACGAAUUAAUUUAUCUCUUAGCUUCGCGGCAUUGCAGGGUCGGUGACAAUCAAAAAUUGACUCGUCUGUUCCUCCUUCGGUCUGUCUGCGCCAAAAUUUCGACACCAGCGAGACUAUCAGGCUACAAAAGCGUUUUUGCUUGUUUAUUCAUAGUGUUC